AUGAAGGUACAAGUCCAAAUUGCUGUUGUCUUCAUCCUGUUUAUUUCUGCAUGGGUGGACUGUACAGGUGUACCGUCCUGUGCCACCAUGAGAACCUGGUUUCCAGAAACUAAUCCGCUUGCCUUGGCGGAUAACCUACCAUAUGACUUAAGUGUCAGUGGAAGAUAUCCUGGGCAGUCAGUACCUGCUUAUAUCCCUAACAGUAUUCAUACAGGUAGGCUUUAAUAGUAGAUUUAACAAAGUAACCAUUUUAAAUAUCAUUGUACUAGGACACUGGGAUUGGGGUUCAGGACCUGCAUGUUUGUGAUGGCUGAUAGCUAGAUUGAAUUGGAAGAAACACAUUUUUAGUUGUUCAUAUAAAUCAAAAUUUUCUUCCUAAUAUGGAAUCACUGAUGCUGCCCCACUAGUGUUGUGAAAAGUUUGUAUACAAUGCAAACAAAGCGCUACAAAGAGCAAUGAUUACAGUUUUACAAAGUAAAAUUCGACCAAAAUCGGAAUACGAAAUCAUGGCCAGGAUUAACUUUAAUUCCUGACAAGACAAAGGCGAAUUAUCAUGAUAAGUGUCUUAUGGGCCUGGCCUAACUAGGUGACGAAAGCUAGCGCAUGCUCAAAAAAGUUGCGGAUACGUCACCGAACUGCACUGACCGAGGAGGCCUGGGAAGAUGCUGAACAGGGACUAGGCAACUUAUGUGUGACAGAGUGUGAACAGUAGCAAGGGAGGUGGGGAAAGUAAGCCCUUACAAUUUCACUAAAUUCAACCCACUUAAUUAUGUCAUGUAUGGACACCCUGUUAACGUGGGCACUUUCUUUGUCCCCCUCAGUGUCUGUUAUAAAUUGGGUUGGAAUGUACAUGUUUACUAGUUGCUGUCCCUUAAGCUUUGUGAAUAAUCUCGUAGACUUAAACAGUAAAUAUGAUUUUGUUUCAGUUUAUCUCAAUGGAUCUUAUUUGGCAAAUGAGAUGAGAAUGAGAAACUUUCUUGGAUUUAUUAUUUCUGCUGAAAACUCUGUGAAAGCAUACCCCAAUGGCUAUUUUGAGAAUUUGCCUGCAGGAGUUGAACAGAUUAACUGCAGUACUCUUAAAGUAAGUACUAGAGAUUAA